CAGUCAGAGGAGACACACACACAGACAGACAGACUGACAGACAACAUGGAAGAUUUCAGAAUUCAGAGCAUAUUGUUGACAGGAAGCGACCGGGGGAUUGGCCUGGGCUUGGUGGAGCAAUUUCUCCAGCUGCCAUAUCCACCUCAGCUCAUCUUUGCCACCUGCCGGCAUCCAGAUGGACCUGAAGGUCAGGUAUUAAAGGAAAUGGCUCGCAAGUAUUCAAAUGUCUCAACUCUUGUUCUACUUCAACUGGAUGUCACAGAUCCUCACAGCAUCAAGGAAGCUACCAAGAAAGUAGAAGAGCAUGUGGCAGGCUGUGGUCUCAACCUGCUAAUAAAUAAUGCUGCCGUGGCUUGUGAAACAACUCUGAGCUCUGAGAACGCCCAGAACAUGAUGUCCCUAUAUACCACCAACACGAUUGGGCCCAUGCUGGUGUGUCAGGCCUUCUUGCCUUUGCUCAAAAUGGCAGCUCAGCAAAGCAGGCACGGCGGGAUGAGCUGCAGCAAAGCCGCCGUGGUCAACAUGUCCAGCAGCUACGGCUCCAUUUCACUUGUUGACGGGUGGGAGUGGAGGCAAGACGUCAGCUACCGCUGCAGCAAGGCAGCUCUGAACAUGCUGACGCGCUGCCAGUCUCUCGGGUAUGGCCCCUAUGGGAUCCUGUGUGUCUCCAUCCACCCUGGAGGAGUGAAGACCCACCUUGGAGUAGAGCAGGGAGUCUUGAGUGUGGCCUCCAGCACAAGAGGGAUCAUCCAAGUGCUUUCCCGCCUCUCUGACCAGGACAACGGAACCUUUUUAGACUGGGAAGGACAAACUGUCCCUUGGUGAGGAAGAGGAUACAAAGGCAGAAGAUGAGGGCCUUCCAGAAGUCCUGAGGGGCAUGCCAGAUUCACACAGGAGACGGGAAGAGCCACAGUUUGGGGUCUUCAGCUACUCAGGGUGCAAAGCAAUAAAAGUAGUUAUUGGAUUGGAC